AUGUCUGCCAGAAAACGCAAGUUUAAUAGUCUCAAACCACUAGACACUUUGAACAGCCCUCGUGCCAGCUCUCCAAGGUCCUCCACCUCUUUGCCCCCCAAGAGAUACAAUAUCUUUCGUAAAGAUCCAAAGAUAGUCGAUCAUCUUAACAACGCAUCUACAAAGGACUUUUUGCCAGUUUUGAGUACGAAUAACGAGAACAGGAAACAGGUAGAAUUGUCAGAUGACGAUGAAUGCACCAACAGCGGUCCCUCAGAUCAAGACUUUGAACCCUUGCAAAGCUCUCCUUUGAAAAGACACUCGUCACUCAAAAGCACUUCCAAUGGUCUUUUGUUUCAGAUGUCUGGCAAUGUCAAGAAUAAUUCUGCGUCAGCGGCGAUAACGGAUGUCUCUCCAAAUGACUCAAUCGUUUCCACGAAAUUGAACUUGAACGGCCAGUUUUCUUGCAUUGAUUCAAAAACAUUCCACAUAUAUCAGCAUAAAUCACCAUGUAUAAUGACUUUUGUUUCAGAUCAUAAUCAUCCAAGGUUUUCCUUAUACUUCCAGCAAUUACUUAUCAGCAACACACAAAUCAACCUUCUCAAUGAUGUUGAGUUGGUUGUUUUAGAUAAAAAGAACUCUUUGAUGGCUAUAGUUCUGAAAGAUAUGAAAAAAAUUAGCAUGAUACUAAAUGUGAACAAUUCUUCAAUUAAUAUUAACACGAAUAUCUUGAUAUGGUCCACUACUAGUUCUGCAGCAAAUAAAAGAAUAAAGUCUAUUAAAAAGUUUUUAUUGACGUCAUAUCCUUCGUCGAUAAAUAUUCAAAUCUUGGACAACAAAGAACAAAUUUUGGAACAACUGAAACAUCUGGCUCAUUCCACUUCUUUGUCUCCAGCAUCAUCCAAAAUGGAAAGAGCAAUAAGUUCUGCUAAGGACGCAUUCGACUCAUUGAGACUUAAAAAAACUAAACUUUCUACUAGUGAUGAUGACAACCCAAAGAUCCAUACACGUUUCUUAUCGAAUAAGCCUCAUGGUUUGCAAUCUUUAACGAAGCGCAACCGUAUCACAAGCGUUGCUAGAAAAGAGCAUCCGAUAUCAAUACCUAAAUCGAAUAAAAUCACUUCCCAGGAUUUUUACAAUAAUGGCGGGACAGAAACUUUACAAUCACAUGCAGUUUCGCAAUUAAGACGAUCGCAUAGAUUUAGAAAUGUCUCGAAUUCCGCAAAUUCUAAUUCAAAUUCUAAUUCAGAAUUUGACGAUGCAACUACAGAACUUGAAACACCAGAACCAUUCAAACCAAGUCUCUGCUACAAGUUUAAUGAUGGGUCAAGCCAUACUAUAACAAGUCAAGACUUCAAGUGUCUUUUCAAUAAGGACUGGGUCAAUGAUAGUAUUUUGGAUUUUUUCACAAAGUUUUAUAUUGAAUCAUCCAUUGAAAAGUCAGUUAUUAAACGAGAGCAAGUUUACUUAAUGUCCUCCUUUUUUUACACGAAAUUAAUCAGUAAUCCAACAGAUUACUACUCUAAUGUGAAAAAAUGGGUCAAUAAUACAGAUUUGUUCUCUAAAAAGUACGUUGUUAUACCAAUUAACAUAAGCUAUCACUGGUUUAGUUGUAUCAUAACAAAUUUAGAUACUAUCUUGGAUUUUCAUCAAAAUAAAGAUAAAAAUGAUGCCAUCAAUUCCGAUGAGAUUUCUAUUAAUACCCCCUUGGUUAAUAUCUUGACUUUCGAUUCAUUAAGACAGACACAUUCAAGAGAAAUUGAUCCAAUAAAGGAAUUUCUUAUAUCCUAUGCCUUGGAUAAAUAUUCAAUUCAAUUGGAUAAAACUCAAAUCAAAAUGAAAACAUGUCCAGUUCCACAGCAACCCAAUAUGAGUGAUUGUGGCGUUCAUGUCAUUUUGAAUAUCAAAAAAUUUUUUGAAAAUCCCUUGGAAACAAUUAAUAUUUGGAAGAAUGCUAAAAUAAAAAGUAAACAUUUCACUGCAAAAAUGGUUAAUAAAUAUUUUGAUAAAAGUGAGAGGAAUAAUGCGAGAAAGGACUUAAGGCAUACUUUAAAACUAUUGCAGCUUAAUUAUAUCAGUUAUUUGAAAAAAGAAAGAUUGUAUGAUGAGGUCAUGGAAAUAGAGGGGAAAAAAACCAUCAACAAUGAUGAUGAUGAAGAAAUUCAAAUCAUUGAAAAUAUAGAUCAGCAGUCCAACAAAGAUAACAUCCCACAGUUAGCUUCAGAACCGCCUUGUUCAACAUCAUCGGGUACUUCAACAGAACCAGUGGGGGCGACAGAGCAGCAAAAUGUAAUAGAGCAACCAUUUGUACCACAAUCUCCUCGUGAAAUAAUACCGGAUCGGGAAGACCCAAUUCACGCUAUUUCUAGGGAAUCACCGUCAGUAUCUCCUCCAUUACGUCACAAUAUUUUAAAGAGUUCGUCACCCUUUAUAUCGGAAAGUGCGAAGGAAACCGAGCAAGAAGAAUCAACGUCACCAUAUUUUGGAAGACCUUCGUUGAAGACGAGGGCGAAACAGUUUGAAGGUGUUUCGUCACCAAUAAAGAACAAUCAGGCACAAUCAUCUAUACAUGAUAUUACGAUGCCAUCUCCUAGACCGAAAAGGAUCUAUCCAAGCAAAAAAACUGCGCCACUUUCAUCUUAUAUUCAAACCCUUUCGACGGAUUCCUUAGAAGGUCAAUCUAAUCCCAACAAUCCCAACAUUAUAAUUUCAGAUACAGAACAUGAUUUGGAAAUGGGAGUAAGUUCCGAAAACAAUGACGUUAGUGGUAUUGCUAACAGGAAUGACUCGGACGUCAAUUUAAUUGGUGGUUUGCUUCCAAAUGCAGCGGAAAGAAUUGAUGAAAGUACUCAGGAAGGGAAUGAUAAUGGCGAUAGUCUUGACAAAAUAUUACAAAAUGUUGAUAAAGAACUGAACGAAAAGUUGCUUGAUAUUGAUGAUGUAGCAUUUAGUAGUCCGACUAGGGGUCCUUCAAGAACCAGUGAAAGAAGUAAAGAGUUAACUCCGCAACUUAUCUCUGAUUAUGAAAAUGAUGAUAGUAGUAAUAAGGAAGUAACAGAUAGUAUAAUUAAACAGGAUCAUCAUAACGACAGUUACCGGUCUCAUGUUGCUGUAUGGAAUGAAGGGAAAGAGAAUCCCAUUCUCUUGGAAGACGACGACUCUUGA